AUGGCGAACGAUUACGAAUCUGAUCCAGGAUGGCGGUAUUUGAGGCGAUCUCGCGAGGAGAUCAUUCAAGAGGUUCUGAGAAAUAUUUCAGUUGAUCCAUUUGUGAAAUUAACCGCCCAAGUUUACGUUAAGGAUCAGUCGGCACCAUACGAUUCGAAGAAAGAUUGUUGGAUUCCGGAUAAAGAUGAGGGCUAUAGAGCAGCGCAGAUCGUGACGACAAAAGGAGAUCAAGUGACCGUUAACGUGGCCGGAACGGAGAAGACUGUCAAAUCGGAUUUCAUCAGUCAAAUGAACCCACCGAAAUUCGAAAAGACCGAAGAUAUGUCCAAUCUAACGUUUCUCAAUGACGCAUCCGUUCUGCACAACCUUCGAGCGCGCUAUGCAGCUAUGCUCAUCUAUACUUAUUCGGGUUUAUUCUGUGUUGUAAUCAACCCAUACAAACGUCUUCCAAUCUACACGGAUUCAGUGGCGAACAUGUUUAUGGGUAAACGUAAAAACGAAAUGCCACCUCAUCUGUUCGCAGUAUCUGACGAAGCAUAUCGUAGUAUGCUACAGAAUCANAGAUAA